AUGCCGACCAACCUCGUGAUGAGCUAUUCCGUGACGGCGAGCAAGAACGGCGCAACCUCACGGCGCUUCCUGCUGUACCUUAGCAUCAUCUCGUCCUGUUUCUUCCUCGUCGCCGACUACAUCCUCUCACUGACGCCCAUAAUGGUGACGGCAGCUGCAUUGAUCUGGGUGGGCAUCGCCAUGUGCUGGGACAUGCUGUGGCAUGGCCGCCGCCGUUUGCCGAGGGGAGAUUACCUCGUCAUCUGGCUGAUGGUUCUCGUGGACGUCGCCAAGGGUCCAGAUCUGAUGCUGCUUGUUGGCCUCGCCGUCACCUCGAUGCAGCUAGCCUUUCGGCUCUCUGCGAUCCGUGUGUUUGACGCGGAGCACACGAGUCGCACGGAGCGAAGCUCAACACUAAACGCGCUGGGGAGGGAUGCAGUGCUGGAGGCCGACGGCGAGAAGGUUUUGAUCCUGCACCUCGCGCGCGGCCCCAACUCCUGCGACCCCGGCAUGGAGGACCGAGCGAGGCCUCGCUGA